CAACAGUCACUAGGCUGACCAAAGUGCUUUACAAAACAACCAUAAGAAAAUAAAUCCUGCAUAACUGAUCAUAAAACACAAAUAAAAGCAGCAAAGCUAAGAGUACUCAGUUUUAAAUGAUUUAGUAGUGUCAGUAGUGUGCGAGCUCGAAGGGUUAUUCACCCAAAAGUAACGUUAGUUCUGCCUUUGUUUGAUACUCGCCCCCAGCCUGUCGACGGUGGUCAGGGGGUGUAAACCCGUCUAUGGUGUAAACAGUGUAGCGCUUCCGGGUUGUAUGCGUCACGUGACCAGUGUCAGAGACUGACGGAAGAGAAGAAUGGUUGAAUACUUUUUCUCAUAACAUUAGGGCAGAACUGCAGUUACAUGGACUAUUUGAAGGAUGUAUUUACUCAUUUUCUGGGUCUUGAGUGUGUUCGUCGCAGUCUAUGGAGGAACAGAAAGCUCAAUCAUCUCGUGUGUUCCGAAGAAUGACGAAGGUCUGACGGGUUUGGACCCACAUGAGACUCUUGCAGAUGGCAGCGGUCUCCAGAAUGUGUCUGUUGUGAGUCUGAACACUCAGUAUGUCCUGCGCUGGGCCUGGGCUGACGAUCCGCACACGAUCAACGGGACGCCCACCUUCACCGCACAGUAUCUCUCGGCGGUGUAUUCCCGCAGGGCUCCUCAUAAGCAGGUCUGGAGGACCGUGUGUGCAGAUGUCCAGGAGCGGCGCUGUGACUUCACUGACGCUGGACUGAGCUAUUGGGGGAUCUAUCUUCUGCGUGUGCGGGUCAACACGGCACCGCCCUCCGACUGGACCAGCAUCACCUUCUGCCCAGAUAAAGAUGCUGAUCUAGGUCCUCCGUCCAGUGUGAAGCUGACCUCUGGUGAAGGAGAUCUGGAGAUCGCCAUCGAUGACCCUCUGACGAGCAACAACGAGUCCAUGAGGACGCUGGUCCAGGACAUGCAGUACGUCAUCCAGUACUGGAGGCGACCCGAAGGCUAUCAGACGGCUGAAGUGUUGAAGACGCAGAAUAACGUGGUGACGCUGUCCGCGCUGGACCGAUGGACGUGGUACUGUGUGAGAGUUCAGAGUCGCUAUGACUUCUACAACAAGAGGAGUGUCUUCAGUAACACACACUGCGCACGCACCGAAGGACUGACUCCAUACUGGCAGAUCUGUCUGUACUUCCUGUUGUCGCUGGUGCUGAGCUUCCUGCUGGGGCUGCUGCUGUGGUUCAGCUUUUACGGGGUCAAGUUCGUAAAGAGCAUCUUCUACCCAAAUGUUCAACUCCCGCCUCACAUUCAGGAGCUGUGGUUGUCAGACUCGGAGACGCCGCAUCUCCUGCCUCCUCCACGCUCCAGCUCGGUGUGGGAUCAGCUGGACGUCAGCGCUGAGACGGACACUAUCCCGGACCGUCAGAUGUCCAGCGCUGAGGAUCAGGACAGCGGCGUUCCCAGCCGGCACGGCAGCGGAGACUCCGGCUUCAGCUCCACCGAGGAGGACUCCAGCGUCCGGCCGCUCCGCUCCACACACACCGACCACAGGUGCAAGACGGACACGCUGCACAGGGAAGAGAUGCAUGAUGGGACGCUGGAGAUCUACGCUAACUCAUGACAGACACGACUCAGUUUAGACUCGUUUUUCUUCUUGUCCAUGUGACCGCAGUGUGAUUGUCAUUUCAGCCAUAUUUUCAUUUCUGUAUUUAACGCAUGCAGAUUCUUUAUGAUUCUUAUAGAAUCUUUAUUAAUCUAUUCGUUAGCUUUACUCUCAUCUAUACCCAAUGUCAGAUUAAAACACACUCUAUCAUA